GCAUCCCGGCUAUCCCCUCACAGAGCGGGUCGAUCGUUACGCGUAGAAGUACGGCCAUUGUGUAAAAAGAAGCCACGGCGCUCGGAUAGUGUACGCUGAGGACAAGACGUGUAGUUUUUUUCCAAGUUUUCCUCUUGUGAUAUUUAGAUUGUGCCAAUAUAGUAACGAGGGAACGAAGUCAGAAAGAAUGGAAGACGACCAGCAGUUCUGCCUUAGAUGGAAUAAUCAUCAGAGUACAUUGAUCCAGAACUUCGACACGCUUCUCGAAAGCGGGACGCUUGUCGACUGCACAUUGGCAGCAGAGGGGAAAUACCUGAAAGCGCAUAAGGUAGUUCUGUCUGCGUGCAGUCCUUAUUUUGAGGGGCUCCUCAGUGAACAUUAUGACAAGCAUCCUGUCUUUAUACUCAAAGAUGUUAAGUUUAAAGAAUUAAAAGCAAUGAUGGACUAUAUGUACAGGGGAGAAGUAAAUAUCUCCCAAGACCAAUUGGCAGCACUCCUUAAAGCUGCCGAGUCUCUGCAAAUUAAAGGUCUAUCGGAAAGUAAAACAAGUGGUAGCAGUAAGACGGAUUCUAGGCAACAAAAGGUCGUUCCGCAAACAUCACAGCCCGACAUUCCAAUUUCGUCUUCCGGUCUUACGAUAGAAAAGAACAAAGUUCCUAGGCAGGGUGUGUCGCAAGGUCCCCUGGGGGAUUUACCUGAAGACUCUGCCAGUCCUCAAAUACCGAAGGGUUUGUCCUCUAGGGAAGGUUCCCAAAGUCCCACAUCAAGGAAAAGAAAAAGAUUUAGACGAAAAAGUAUAGGUGAUGAUAAUUCAGUAGAAAAUCACGAAGCUUCGAAUUCAAGUGACAUGCCUCAACAAAUGGGUGUUCCUGCGCUUGGAAUUGCACCCGUAGCAGAUGAAAAAUCACAUGCAGACCCCACAGAUUCCAUCGGAAGGUCAGCCUUAAUGACACAGCUGACAAAACCUGCCGAUGAAAUGUUACAGUUGCCGCUAGAAAAACCCGAACCAAGUGAUAAUCUCAUUGAACCAAAGUCUGAAUAUCUCGAAGAUCCAGAAGAAAGCGUUGAAGAUCUGACGCUGGAUGACGACAUGAAUGAUUUGAACGAGAUGGAACAAGAUAACAAUAGAGCCGGCCCGUCCCACGACCCCUCCCAGCAUCCUGCAGGUAUAGGUGCGUGGCAUGUUACCGGUGACCGAAGUAACGCGGGAGGAGUUGUGGGCUCGGUGGCAGGAGCUCCCGGAACGACAGACGAAGUCUUUCUAGCAGCUCAGGAGGCCGCGCAGGCCCAUCGCGACUCUCAAGUUUCAGGUUUCUAUGCCGCGGUCCCACAGUUGGAUUUAAACUUCGUUUUACAAUCUUGCAAAGCAUUUGAGAACGAGGAAAGCAACAGGGAUAUUGGUCAGACUGAUUCCUGUGGUGCGACUGCGCCGAGAUCAUUGCCGAGUUACUAUUCUCAAGGGAGGGAGAAGAACACGUACGCAAAGGGGUCGUUGGCGGACUGCUUCACAAAGCCAUUCGGCUGCCCCAAGUGCGGAAGAUCCUUCACCAUCAAAGGCAACAUGACCAGGCAUCUUAAGUUCGAGUGUGGCCAACCGCCGAGAUUCCAGUGCCCUUACUGCGAAUUCCGUAGCAAACAAACGUCCAACGUGAUGUCUCACAUUAGAACCAGGCACGUAGGUCAGCCAGUUUACGUGGUGCACCUGGAGAAGUGAAGGAUCAGAUGUGAGAAGUAUCGUCCGAGGCUGUCUAGAAUACACGAAUCGGGAGAUUUAGUACGUGUUCCUGUUGCUCGUUCGUUAACGAACGAUGUCGUAUAAAGUGAAGGCCGAGAGAAGGCGACGCGAGGUGCGAGUGUUCGAUCCUAAGAUAAUCGACCGCUUUUCGCGUAAUAGUAUCCCGUGUUUACGGCAGAUCCGAUCUCCGUCCCUUUCGAGAUGUUUCUGUCGUCGGCGGACUGUCUCGAAAGCUUGCUGUUCGCAUCGGAAACGUAGAAAGUAGUUCCGUGCGAACGCCGCCUUUUGCGAUUGUCGCCUCUUAUAUUAGAGAAAUAACAUACACGCAUUUGCGUAUACGUUACAUGCAUAAUACAUGUAAUAUACGCAUAUAUACCUACACACACGUUGACAGCCACAUUUAUUGAUAUACAUCACGCGUACAUGAAUACUAUACGAUACAUACAUUUAAUAUAUGGUACAUAUAUUUUCCGUUGUUAUCAAAUUUUUAAAUGUUUUAUAAAAUUAGGGAACGAUCGUUUACGAGAUUUAGUCGUGAAACGAAAUGAUGCUCAAACGAAUCUCGAAUUUUGGGAUACCGAACGCGACCGUCGGUUAAUUUGUCGCACGUUGAAAUUGCUCGUGUUUUCUACGAAUGGUUCACGUCGUUGACGACGUGAUCGUUAGCCGGUAACCGGUUUGCCCGAGAAGCCGUGACGUAAAGAUGUUUCAAGUACAAUUGCAUUUAAAGUUCCACGAUGCACACGAGCUGUCGUACGAAAAGUUCUUCGAUUUCUAGACGUCCUACUAGAUAAAAUUGUAUGUUUUCUAUGGAAGAAAGAUUGAGAAAAAGAGUGUGUGUGUGUGUGUGUGUGUGAGAAAGAGAGAGCGAAUGAGAAAGUGUGCGUGUGCGCGAGAAGAAAGGAGGAAUGAGUCGAUGGAAAAGAUAGUAAGAAUAACGAUAAUAACGACAUCCUUAACGUUCAUAACAGAGAAAGAAAUGGACUUUAACGUAACAGUUUCAUCCGUCGGUGAAAUCGAGCCAACUAUAAGGUCAAGAAAUGACGAGGAAAAACGAAAAAGAAUAGCAAAGAAACUGGAGCAAGAGAAAACGCGCGUUCGUCAAAUAAUAUUUAAAAGUUGUUUCGGCUAAUUGUGCGUCCGGCGUAUCGUUGGAUGUUCGAAGGGUGAAAAGGGGAGGAACAGAGGAAAGCGUACCUUUCGAUUUGCCGGUACGCUUUCCGCUUUAAGACUGAAUGGUACAGGGUGAAGCGGUCGGGGCAAACGUUGUGUUCUUUCAUUUUUGUUUCUCGUUUAUCGAAUCGAAUGAGAAUCACGACGAAAUAUAAUGCCGAGCUUUCAAGCUUUUGGAAUCGAUGCGCGGAGACAGCAGGAGAGCAGUGUACCUACUGACGAACGUUUGGUGCAACCACGUGCUUACGGCGAAAGCGUCGCCGUUCGCACCGCAACCGAAAUCUUUUUUUUGAUUCUCGUUUUCUUCUACCUACACCUAGACGUUAGUGGCCGACUGUUUUUGUUGCUGUGAUAUAAUUAACGAUGUUGUAGCGUUAAGUGCGUUUAUUAAUAACUGUACACGCCCGAUCAGAGCCGGGCUAGACGCGUUUUUCCAUUUAUCGUACGAACAAAUUGUCCUUUCCCCGUUUGAUCGGUCUCGUACGACCGAUCGUUUCCUUCGGGACUUGACUACGAAUAAAUGUUCGCGAAUUACAUUCGAUGUCUAAACAAUUACUAUUCCCCAUUUUCCACGAUGUUUUGUGAUCAUAUAUCGUCGUCACUGUGGAAUUGUAAGAUACAAAUAAUAAAUCGAUGUUCAAACA